CUCCUACCUCGGCCGACCGACCAGUCGAUCCGCGCGCGCGGCUGUCCUGUUAAGAGAGAAGGGUGGAGGGUGACGGUGGAGUGGUAUCGUGGCGCGGGUGAUAUUAGCAAAGAGGAUUGACAAGGGGAAAACGACGAACUAUCGGCGGCAGCAGGAAACGGAAGAAGGCGGGAAAUGGAUGAACUAUCAUGCACGACGUCGACGACGUAACCCUUCGUUUGUUAGGGUUCGCCGUUGUUCAGUGUCGUCGCGCGACGUCGCCAUCAUCGUCGACGUAGUAGCGCCUCGCCCGAUCGCGAGGCAAGGAACCCGCUUGGAGGCUGAUUGCUCGGUGGUGCGCGUACCUAUGUGUCUAUCCGCGAGUCCGUGAAGGAUUCGUGUGCUGGGUUGUUACGCGGUUUCGGCUGAGAGGCAUUGGUGCGCGCUGGGAGCAUGCGGGUUUCGGGCGAGGCCCGGCGAGGCGGCUCCGCGGGAGGACCGGGCUAAAGGAACGAUCGCAUAUCGAAAGGGACACUCGCAAACGCGGGCACGGUGCGUCCGCGGCCGUGCCCGCACCCGCACCCCCGCAUCACGGCGUCGCGCCGGUCACGCGCCGAUUAGGCUGAUCCUGAAGACGCGGAAAGCGAGCUGGGCUCGCUUUCGGGCGCAUGGAACAUGAUAGAGAUGUCGAGUGGACUUGGUGCAACCGCAAUGGGGAUCGGCGUUAGUCACGGCACAGGCGGCGAAGGUGUAGCUGGUGGUUGCCGCCUCCGUGCACAGAACCAAGGCCAGGCCUCAGGGUCUACGAUGCAGCACAGUAAUCCGCAACAAUCGUCUCAGCAGCAGCAGCAACAGCAACAACAGCAACAGUCACAGCAGCAGCAGCAACAGGCGCCCACGUCGCAGCAGCAGUCGCAGCAACAGCAACGCCAGGCAGGAUUCACGAGCCGAUCGAAGAAAGACAACUGUUGCCUGUGCUGGUGUUGUUGCUGCAGUUGCUCGUGUAGGAAUAAAUGUUUGGCGGCAGUGGGCGGUAAUUCGACGGGAACCGGCGGUGCAGGCGAUCAGGGAAAGAAAAAAGGCAACGCCGGUGUUGGUGGCGAACACGGCGGCGGUAUUGUCGUCUCCGACUUUGCGGGUGCAGGUGCGGGUAACGGUCUCGACGGACUAGACGGCUUCGACGGCGGUCUAGAACGUUGCAGCUUGGAGGAGGUCCGAUCCUGGGGUUCCUCCUUCGACAAACUCAUGAAGAGCGCCGCUGGUCGCAAACUCUUUAGAGAGUUUCUCGUAAGCGAGUAUAGCGAGGAGAACAUCGCCUUUUGGCUUGCCUGCGAGCAACUCAAGAGGGAGAGCAAUCCCGAGACGAUCGAGGAGAAGGCGCGCUAUAUUUACGAGGAUUACAUAUCCAUACUUUCGCCAAAGGAAGUGAGUUUGGAUUCACGGGUACGGGAAAUUGUGAAUCGCAACAUGGUGGAGCCUACACCGCACACCUUUGACGAGGCGCAGCUUCAAAUCUACACCCUAAUGCAUCGGGACUCGUAUCCGCGCUUUGUCAACAGUGAGAUUUACCGGAGGGUGGCCAGGAUGAAUAGUAGCGGUCCGCCCAGCCCGAGCACCCAAGAACACAGUGGAAAGACAAAAAGCAAGCGGGGGGCAACGUAAUCGUGAUCGUAAUGGUCCAGAGACGUCGGGGGCGCGGACCAAGAUCUCUAAAAUCAAGCACCUUCAUUAAAGCCACGCGUCGAUCGGCCGAACCGUUCGACAAGGGUUUGCAACUACCCUCCUCGUCGGAGAGCCUUCGUCGAGGCGAGGAAUCAUCCGAGCGGACAUGGCCGACGAAGUUAAUCCCUCUCGAAGGAGGGAACCUCCAUCCCCUCGGGUAAACGACGAGCUUUCUGAUCGCAUCAGAUUGCUUGCACGAAAGCCAGGAGCUUGUUCAGUGAUUCGCUCUUCCACACGAAGGCGCAACGGGGCCACGUAAUCGCGCUCGCCAUUGCGCGCGAGCCAUUACGACACCGAUGAUGAUG